AUGAUAAUCUGGUUCUUUCCUCAAGGCGAGGCAGUGGCCGAGGAGUUGGCCGAUGAGGUGGCCACUGCCGAGGUAGCAGCUGAGGGGACGGCCACCGUUGAGGUGGCCGAAAUGAUGGAUGCCGAGGCAGCGGUUGCAGAGGUGCCAGCCAUUGAGGAGGCCGCCGCGGGCGUGUCGGACGAUGAGGUCCUUGCCGUGGACUCGACGCAGGCCAUCCUGGUGGAAAUUCCUUCGGUCGCCUCUGCCAUGCCUACCUUUGCCGUUACCGUGUUCGUUGAGCCGUUGCCGUCCGCUCCUCGUCGUCCAGCUGGCAUCGUGAUCCGCUCGCCUCCCUGGUUGUCACUAUCGCUAUCCGCGGUCGCUGUGAGUAUGCCCGCGGCGCCACGGUCCCAGGACUCGAUGGUAGUGACUGAGCUUAAACUGGGGCCGCCUGUCUCCUCGAUGGUCCUGACCGAGCUUGUGGUUGCAGAAGCUCCUAGCGCGCCGUCGGCCGCUGAAGGGACCUCCUCCUCCGAUGAUCUCGAGGAGUUAUAUGCCAGUCUUCAUGAAGAAGGAGGCAGCUCGGCCUCGGCACCUUUGGAUGAGGACUCCAGUGCCGUCAUUGAAAAGCUCCGGGAGUACAUAUUCCUUGGAGUUCACCAAAUGAUCACUGCUGAGGCAUUCAUGGAGUUCAGGUCCUAUAUGGAUACGGCCAUGGCGUUGGGUCUGCUUGACUAG